UAAAAUAAGAUCGUGCUUCGGGACUGUUUAGUCCGCACGUGCAAUUCAAUUCACCUUGGCAAACAGACUUUUUGUUGAUGAAUAGAAGGGCGGCCAUUUCCCCAAAGAUAGAUAUAAAAAAUAGGUAAAUAUUUAACCACAUUCGAUGUUUUAGUGUGUUGAUCUGUACUGCUGUUUGAUAGACUUGGAUUCUUUAAAAAAGCUUAAGAAUGCUGUGGAGCUAAUGUAAAGGUUUAUAUAACUGUUUGAUGAUUGAACUCCUUGAACGUUUUUUCAAACCAUAUAUAUAAAUAAUUAGUUUAUACCCAAAUAUGCAGGAUAGGAUGGUCAUAAGUUGCUAUUUCAAAUUUUAUAACCGAUUUUUAUACUUUUUAAUGGUGAAUUGUCACAGCUUUCUAUUCUGGAAAAUUUCUAUUUGUAUCAAAUUCUUUGCUUAUAUCAGUACAGCCUUGGAAAUUGUUGGUAAGUACUAUGAUUGUCAGCAUUGGCUUGAUAUUUACCUACCCGAAACUUGAUUUAACUUGACUUGAAAGAAGUGAUUCAUUCAGAAACUUUGCUGGCAUUAUGUUUACCAAUGAUUUGCUUACAUAAUCAACAGUGAAAUAAUGUUGUUGUUGCUUACAACAAAGUCAGAUUUACAUAUGCAUACAUCACACAAGAAGGGAAGCUUGUAAACUCAUUAAGGUAUGGCUGACUUGCAAUCAAAGAAUAAAUCAAAGAAAAAAUACACUGUUAUCAAAUUGUACCACUAAAGGCAAACAUAUCUACAGUCUUGUAUGGUUGUUUUGUCAAGUGCAGAUCAAAUUUCAAGCUUAUUCAUUCUGAAUUUAUCAAGACUUUUUAGAUACAUUCUAAUGGCACACAUGCAUUGAUAAUGAAUGCAUUUCCUUCAACACUUAUAGUAUAUAUGGACUAUGCUUUGCAUUGCUGGAAAACUUAAUUCUUAUAAAGAUGACAGUAUAUCAUGUGGCAUCAAAGCAGUAUAUAUAUAUAUGAACAAGGUAAAUGGAUGACAAGAAUUCAAUAUGCUGUAAAGUAAAACUUUGAAAUAUUUCAAAUGCAAAACUAAUGCUUCAUCCCAGAAUACAAAGUUUCAUCAGAGUAAAAGAUCACGUCACUGAUUGCAAGAUUUACAGAACCCAGUGGACAGCCUGUCCCAUUUAGCUCUCUUCUGACACAAAGUAUAUGUUUGUUUGGGAAGUUGUAUCAGGCACAUGUAAGGAAAUAUUAUACUAAGAAAGCCAAAGAAAGAAAAAUCUUGGUGUUUCAAUUGAAUGCUAAGAAUGUAGAAAGCAGAUUACAUCCUGGAGCAGAUCUUUGUUAGUAUAUCCUGAUUGCAUUAAUAAUGCAAUUAUCUUGCAAGUUCAUGGAUAGAUUUGGUAUACUUAGUUGUUGGAAUACACAUCACUACAUGAAUUAUUGAAACAAAGAAUGGGUUUGACAUUGACUAUUGCAGUUUUAUUGGAUAAUUGAGAAGACAAACUCUAGACUCAAUAUCAUUCGUGUGAUGUAACUUACUCAGAAUGAUCAAGGAUAGACCCAAUAUCAUUUAUGUGAUAUAAGUUACUCAGAAUGAUCAAGGGUCAUAGCUGGUGUAAAACACAAGUUGGAGUUGAAAGCAAAUUAGAAGAUUUACAAAGAAGCUGUAAUCUGGAAAAAGGGAGGUUCAUGAUUCCAAACAUUCGUUCAUGAUGUUAAUCAGCAUAAAUGUAGCAACUGGAAUGGAAAACGAAAAAUGAAUAUAUAUAAUGUAAACUUUAGGAUUAUUUCGUGAAAGAUGAUAUUGAGUACUGCCACUGAUUGGCAUCUUCAUAAGAGAAGAAUGUAAUGUUUAUGGUUUGACAAUUUGAGUACAAUGUUUAAGACAUUUAAAUUGCAAGGAUAGUCUUUGCAAAAGGCAGAAAAUCAAACUUUGAUUUUUUCUAGAUUUAGGUAACAGCUUUCAGCGGUUUUAUGGUAAGUAUGAAUAAAACACUCUUUCAAUGCUGCUCUCUUUCGUUUCAUUAAAAAAAAUUCUUAAAGACAGGGGUUUGGAUGUCUCAGUUACGUUUGGCUUGCAAAUUCAAUUGUAUAUGGUGCAUAUAAGUUUGUUGAGUAACCAUGAUUGCUGCUGGCAUUUAUAAUUUGUAGAGAAUCAAAGCUGCAUCACCUGAAUAAUAACGAUGCAACUGAUAUUAAAUAUGUAUCCAUUACAUGUUGUGAUUAUCAGGCAACUGUUAAUAUGUAGUAUCUAUAUGUAUAUACAUGGUGUGUUCUAGAGCCAUGUGCCAAUGAAUACCUGUUUAUACAACAUUUAUACAACAAAAUUCAAACAUGUUUCAAACAUCCAGAAAUUGAAGAUCGCAGAUAUCGGAAGUUGUGGUGAAAGUGUGUUACUCCUGAUGGAAUAUUCAAAUUCAAAGAAGCUUGCGACUUGAUCUUUAAAAGGACAAAAUUAUGGUUUCAAUGCUUCAUAAAUAAAGACUUUGUAAACAAAACAAAGUAAAUCGUGUAUUGUAACUGCUUAGAUUUUACUGUUAUAAAUGUUAAAUGUUGAUGAAAAAUCUCUUGACAGGAUUUGAUUCACUUGUGGUGAAGAUGCCAUUCCAGAAAUAUCACCUUAUCUUAAUGCUGAGGAUGUAGCAAGUGAGGAGGUUUCAGAAGUGCAAGAAAAUCUUGAAAAAGAUGUAGAAGAAAAGCCAGGAGAGGUAGCUGAUGAUGAUGAUGAAAUGGCUGGUGGUGUUAGUGAAGAUGCUGAAGGUAAAGAAGAGGCUGGAACAGAGGAAAAAGAAGACAAAGAGGAGGAAAAAAGCGAGGAAGAGUUGGCUGCUGAAAAAGCUGCUGCAGAAGCAGAGGAGGCUGUCAGAGCAGCCGAGGAGGCUGAGAGGAAGGCAAAGGAGGAGCAGGAGGCAAAGGAGGCAAAAGAAAAAGAAGAAAAGAGGAAAAUGGAAGAGAAAAAAGCGGAAGAGGAGAAAGUUGUUCUAGCUCCAGAAGUAGAGUUGGUGGUUGAAGAUGGGGAGGAAGAUGAAGAAGUCUCACUAGAUGACAAUAAAAUUGUUCUAGAUACAUACAAUGCUGACUUGCACUUUUUCCGUACAUCUGAUGGUCUGACAGGAAGAAAUUUUAUCAAAAAUGAUUUGUGUUUCCUAUGGUGUGGUGUCAAGGCAAAUUAUGGUGUUAAAUCUGGCAAAGUUUGUUAUGAGUGUAAGAUUGUGAAGAAACUUGAUGUGGAACUGCCAGAUAGUGAACAACCAAAACAUGGCAUAAGAAUUGGAUGGUCAGCAGCCAGUUCUGGUCUCCAGCUUGGUGAAGCCAGUUUGUCUUAUGGAUAUGAAAGCUCUGGAAAAAUUUGUGCUUCCUCAAACUUUGCAGACUACGCAGAUCCAUUUGGUGAGGGAGACAUAAUUGGUGCCUACCUGGAUUUGGAAAGUGAUGUUAAAACCUUGAAGUAUACAAAGAAUGGAACUGACUUGGGUAUCGCAAUGUCAUUAUCAGUCAAUCUUGAUGAUGCAGCUCUAUUUCCUCAUAUUUUCAUAAAGAAUAUGGAGGUUGAAGUGAACUUUGGUUCAAGGGAAGAACCAUGGCAUGAAAAGUUGGAAGAGUACACAUUUGUGCAGGAUUGUGAAGAGGAGGCAUUGAAGAAAGGACCAAUUCCACCAAGCGAGAAAUCUGAAUGUGAGGUAAUCAUGAUGGUUGGUCUCCCAUCAUCAGGCAAGAGCUGUUGGGCACAGAACCAUUGCAGAGAAAAUCCAGAUAAAAACUUCUUGAUUCUUGGAAGAGAGCUGAUUUUUGACCGUCUGAAGCUUCAGGGUCAGUCCAGAAGGAAAAGCAGUGAGUCUUUUCAUCGACUUAUGGAAGCUUCAGGAAAAAUUCUUGCAAAGUUGCUCGCACUGGCACCUUCAAGAAAAAGGAAUUACAUUUUGGAUCAGACAAACGUUGUAGCUAAGGCCCAGCAAAUGAAAAUGGAAACCUUCAGUGAGUUUCAAAGAAAAGCACGAAUUGUUGUGCCAACCUAUGAGAAUCUCAGAAAAAGAAGUGGAGAUAAAAGGCAACACGAUGGCCAUGAUGUUCCAUUCAUGGCUCAUGCGAAUAUGAAAUAUUUUUUCAAUGUUCCUGAGCAAGGGGAGCUUUUUGAUGAGGUGGUGUUUGUUGAGCAAGAAGAAGAAGAAGCAAAAAGAACAGUUGAAAGUUAUCAUCGUGAAGGGAAAAGAAAUAGAGACAGGGGCGAGGAACCACAACAUAAAAGACCUAGAUAUGACCAUGAUAGGAGGGAUGGACAGCGUUACGGGCAGAGAAAAGAUGGCGAUAGAUAUGAUUCACACAGAAGAGGUCACUACUCAGACAACCGAAGAUAUGAUAACAGCUCAGGAGGGCAAUAUGAUGACAGGAGGAGGGAUAACAGGGAUAAUCGACGUGGUGGAUACAGCGGCGGUUAUGGUGGUGGAUACGGUGGAGGUGGCUAUGGUGGAGGUGGCGGUUAUGGUGGUGGCUACGGUGGAGGCUACGGUGGAGGCUACGGAAGUGGUGGAUACGGCAAUUACGGGGGAUAUGGAGCUAGAUCCCAAAGUGGUGGGUAUGGUGGAUAUGGUGGUGGCUCAUAUGGUCAGAGAGGUGGAGGCUAUGGAAGUGGUUCGUAUGGCGGUGGUUACAACAGUGGUUCCUAUGGUUCUGGUUCAUAUGGACAACGUAGCUACGGCGGCGGCGGCGGCGGUGGUGGUGGUGGAUAUAGCAGUGGAUCCUAUGGCAGCUCUUAUGGAAGCCAAUCUUCACAGCGCGGUGGGUAUCGACAGAGUGGUGGUAGCGGUGAACGCGACAGAUAUCGCCAAGGCAGUGGUGGCUAUGGCAGCAGUAGCUAUGGUGGUGGUAGUAGUUAUGGUAAUGGAAGAGGAAGAGGAUCACAGUCUAGCGGCUACAGCGGAUCUAACCGUGGAAGUUAUGCACCACGAGGUGGAGGAUGGAGCCAAGGUUAUGGCAACCAACAAGGCAGCUACGGUAGCUAUUCUGGACAGUCGUCAAAUUAUCGAGGAUAUUAACUUAUGACAAUAUUUUGUCUUACUGCUAAACGAGUGGCAUCUUUCAAUACAGUGGAGGAAAUGCCUUCUCGAUAUAGAACUGCACUUUCGAACGCUGAUUUUCCAUAGAUAAAUGGACAGAUUUUAGUUGUCAUAUCCUAAGUUUAUUGUUUAAGCUACUAUUGAGAUGGUACUAAAUUUUUGGAGUUUGAUUUUUAAGCGCAGCAGAACCAGGUUUGAAGGUCAUUGCAUUCUGAUAGGCAUGGCAUAUUAAUCAAGUGCGAAGUGCAUAUAGUAAUACACACGUCAUCAUUUUAUAACAUAGCUAAACGUUUUUACAACCAACACUGAUUUUAUGCACUUCAAUGCUUGAUUUAUUGUCUCUAAAAGUUGUUUUGUUUUUGAAUUUAAAACCUCAAUUUAAUCUGCACAAGUAAUAUUGCUGUCAAAUUCAAGCUCCUUUUUGGCCAUGGUAGUUUUUUCUUUAAGCUAGUGUAGGCAUGAAAAGACGCGUUAGAAGAGAGAGUGCUACUUGUAAAUUUUAUUAUCAUGAUAAACAUCUGUUUUAAAGAA